CAAUGUUUUACAAUUUGGUCGAACCUACUUGUGAAAAUAAUGUCGGACGAAAAGAAAAAGGUUCUCUUCGUGUGCCUGGGAAAUACAUGCCGUUCACCAAUAGCGGAAUGUGUUUUCCAGAAAACUGUAAAGGAGUUGGGUCAAGCCGAUCAAUGGGAGAUUGAUAGUGCAGCCAUCGCCGAUUGGCACGUAGGGGAUACGCCUAAUUGGAGGUCUUUGGCAACUUUACAGAACUUUGAUGUUCCAUACAAUAAUAAUGUAGCUAGACAAGUAA